CUUCUGAAAGGUUGCUGACCCCUGCUAUACAGUCAGACUUACUAUUUUCCCCAUGGAGAGAGAACUUUAAAAAAAAAAAAAAACUGUUAUAAAACUAUCGUUAGUCAGGGAGAAUUGGCAAGUGCAGCACCAGAAACUGCUUUUACUUCACUUUUUAAGUCUGGCUGGAUUUCAUGUUGGUGUCCCUUUAGCCAGGUUAUAAAACUCGGUGAGAUUUUGGUGUUGUGUUAAUUUGAAAUAAAAGAAAGUACCUUUGUAUGUGACCUGUGAUUUUUCUUGUUAAUGUAACAAGGUGAUUGGUCUCCAGAUCUUUAAAAUGCAGAGUCCCUGACUAAGACUACAUGCAUCACAGACUCGGGGCACCUCAUACACCCACAAAGCAUCGCUGUGACUAUAAUGAUACCAGACUGCUUUGGAAGUGUACUUACGUAGAAUAUUUGGGUGAAUGCCUCUGUGUUACCACCUAGAGAGAGAGAGAGUGCUCCCAGUCUUGGAUGAGACCUUUGGUGGCCAGCCCUGGUUACCUGUACAGUGUUCAUUGGCUUCCUAUAUUUAGUGGCAAGGUUAACCACACUGGCAGGCUUGGGCAGGAUCUGGCAGUACAACUGUCUCACCAGGCAUGGAUUGUUCAUUGGAUAUAAUACCUGUUCAGGUGUCCUGGCCGCCAUCAGCACCAGAGGAGCAUUGUCUAGUAGCCAGAUGUUUUGGGUAUUGACCAGGGCUAUUGCACAGAAUCCCCCAGCCCUUCCUCCCUGGUUACUUGUGGCUCUGUGGGGUUUUCAGCCAGGGCAUUAAUGUCUAGAUUUGCCACACUACAAAUGAUGAUUUUUAACCCUUUUGAAGACGAACCCGAUACCUGGUCACCUUCCAGGUUCUGUAUAGCUCUGCCCCUUUCUACUUUGCGUAGCCUCCCCUUCCCUGUCCUGACUCCUCCAACGUGUUCACUCUAGUCUGCCUAUAUGUCAGUCUCUCAAACAAUCACCUUCUUCCACAGUCCCCUCCCCCCCCCCCCCAGCGAGUUUUCACUUCCCUGAACUCAUUUGCAAGACUCCUACCCUGGCUAGACAGCCUGUAUGGAUAUUGUAUAGAAAAUCCAGGUAGACGGAGUGGAAGCAAAGAUGACUACAGCAGUUGUACCAGGCAGCCCUCUGCCUUCACAAGGGGACGGAAACGUUUAUUACAUCUUGACAGAUGAUUUUGCCUAUGGCAGCAAGCUCUUUCCCUCCGGGAGCAUGUGCUUCCUCAAAGAGAGGCUGUAUCUGCGCAGUAUCGCCUGUGGCACGACUUCCACUCGCUGCAUGAGGGUCACCAUGCUGGAUGACCAUUCUAUAGCCACUGUUGAGGCAGAAAUUCUUCAACCUGUGAAUGAGGAGGAAGCUGUUUUCCUUCUGGCCAUCAACAACCUCAAUGAGCGUCUGAACUGUUUCCUGGACCGCUGUAGCCUUGAAGUAGCAGUGAAGGCUACAGUGGGCCAACAGGUGAUAGUGGAUCUCAGCCAACAUCUGUUCACUGGUACCAUCCGCUAUAUUGGGAAGAUCAGCAAGAGCCCUUUGUCCUCCCCACUCUGUCCAUCCUACUUUGGGGUGGAGUUACAGGGUGAUGGUGAAGGCAAAGGCCACAGUGAUGGCACCUAUAACGGCUCUGAGUAUUUCAAGUGUAAGCAGAACUGUGGACUCUUUCUGCCGCUUAACAAAAUCCAGUUUAUCCCAGCGCUGGGCAGUGAUCCAGUGAGAGAGGAGCCCAAACCGGAUGUGGACGAGGUUGUUCCUGUAAAAGCCGGGGACACAAUUGGCUUCUACCUGGAUGACAUCUUCAGACAAGGCAUAGCUAUGGACGUGUACAAGGAGGGACCUCAGUGGUUUGUUAAAGUUUGCCCGGAAGAAGAGGGCCCAACAGAUGUUUUCAGAGAUAUCCCUAUGGACUCUGUUGUGAAGGAAGGGCUUCUCUCUCCAGUAUUUGAGCCAGACAUGGCCCCGGGAUCUCAGAGACAACUGAAGCGAGAGAGAAGCGGAAGCGGGGAGGAAUUGGAAAGUGAAAAACAGUCCCUGGAUGUGAACUCAAUGGUACAGAUCACCUUAGGCAAGGGGAAUCCAGUCUCUGGAAUCAUCCGCUGGUUGGGGUACCUGCCCAGUAUUGAGCCCAAAAUGGCAGGAGUUGAAUUAGAUGAAGAGAAGGGGGUCACAGAUGGCGAAUGGCUAGGCACACGCUACUUCCACUGCCCCCCGAAGCGUGGCCUCUUUGUUAAGCUUCAGUCAUGCCAGCCUGACAUACGCUUCCAGUGUGUGAGCAGUGGCCUCCUGGACCCCAGGACUUGCAGUAGGAUGGAUAGUCCUAAGGUUCUGGCUAAUUUUCCUCCUCUCAGGAAUGGCACAGCUGUGCGUGUUUUACAGGGGCGCAUGAGAGGGAUUCAAGGCCACUGCAACUCCUGCUACAUGGAUGCUGCCCUUUUCAGCCUCUUCUCCUGUACCUCUGUUUUGGACUCCAUGCUCUUCAAGCCCUCCCUCCCACCUGACGGGCACGUCCAGAAGAUCCUCCGGGAUGAGAUUGUGAAUCCCCUCCGACGGAAUGGCUUUGUUCAUGCUAAUAGCGUGAUGCAGCUAAGGCAGCAGUUGACGGAGAAGGGCCAGUGUUCGAGCUUUGCCACGUCUGAGAAAGACCCCGAGGAGUUUCUCAAUCUCAUCAUGCAUCAUAUCCUGGGAAUAGAGCCACUACUGAAACUGCAGUCUGGAGGCCAGAAGGAGCAAGAGUGUUACUGUUACCAGAUAUUCAUAGACAAGCAAGAGGGGCUGGUCGUGCCAAACGUGCAACAGCUAGUGGAACAUUCCUUUCUGUCUUCCAAUCUCAAGCUAGUGGAGAUCCCCUCUUGUUUCAUUAUCCAAAUGCCACGGUUCGGGAAGGAAUAUAAAAUGUUCAGCAAAAUCAUUCCUUCCCUGGAGCUGGACAUCACUGACCUGCUGCUCGACAGUCCCCGGGAGUGUUUUGUGUGCGGGGACGUAGCCACCGAGGAGUGUUCCGAGUGCUUCAAAGACAAGAUGUUUGCAGUUACGGGGAUGAAGCAGUACUGCAAGUCCUGCUGCAGACAGGCUCAUUCUCACUACCAGCGCAAAGCACACAGGCCAACAAAACUGCAUGUCCCUGAGGAGUUUCAGAGCAGGAGCCACAUGGACAGCCCCCGAAUCCCACGGGAGAGGAUGGAGCUCUUUGCAGUGCUCUGCAUAGAGACCAGUCACUAUGUCUCCUUUGUGAAGUACGGGCCAGAGAAAGAGAACUGGCUGUUCUUCGACAGCAUGGCUGACAGGCACGGUGAUGAGAAUGGCUUCAACAUUCCCAUCGUAACGCUGUGCCCUGAAGUUGCCAAGUACUUGCAGUUGCCAGUGGCAGCGCUGGCUAUGGAGCAGCCCCGGGACAUGGAAGGCGUGGCCAAACGCCUCUUCUGUGACGCGUACAUGUACAUGUACCAGAGCAAGAAGAUGGCACUUUACAAAUGACCCCAGCCUGGGCUGGGAGAGACCCUGCUGCUCCUGUGCAGAGCCAUGAGACACUGGAAAUGGGGGCUUGUUCAAACCAGACAGUAGCUACCUGCAGCUGCUAAUUGAGAAAACCCAGCCAGAGUCCAGGUCAAGUGACCUUUUCAGCUUUGCCUCUGCUUAACCCUUCCAAAAUUGAGUGUCAGACUAUUGAUAAGAGCAGCAUUCGGUGGUGGAAAGCCUGUGGCCGGCAUUAGCCGAAGGACGGUUUGGACCUUCUGCAAAUCGAGACUCAGAACCAGUUUACACUUUUACAUAUCCUGAGUAAGAGAACUUCACCUUCAUCCCAUUCCCCUGUCCACACCCCAGAUUUCCAUCCUUCCUUCUCCAGACCCUCUCUAUGGCUCUGGGCUCACCGGAACCCCUCCAGCUUUUCUUUCUCUCAAUUAACUAUUCCCCAAAGCUCAGGAAUCAAGAAGCCCAAGUCAAGGCAUGGGCUGUGACUCUCCAAUUUUCAACACAGCACAAGAGAACUGCACUAGACUUCUGGGUGACAUCUCAGCUCAUCAGCUUCCUGAAUGUAAAUGCAAAAGCGCCUUCUAGAUGGUCAGGAAUCAAACCUCUCAGGAAGGGAGUUUUGCGUAGAUCUUCACUAAAUUCUGGGGUAUGUGACACUGAUCCUGGGGUCCCAGUAAUGGGCCGUUCUGAACCUCCCCGUUCCCUGGACGCAGAUGUGCACUCCCUUAUUUAGAGCUCCCUUGUGUUCCUUUACUCGCCCUGUUCAGCACUAAUUUCUCUGACACUCUGGUUAACAUCAGUAGCACUUUCUGGAAGUUGGAAGUCCCCUCUUUUUAGACAUGACAUUUGGCUCAAGACUUGAAGCUUUGUCUCACUGUUUCAAGCCGCACUUUGAACAAAAAUAUAAUUUUAAGAAUAAAACGGGGGCAGAUACAGCCAAAACCAGCACAGGAAUGUCCUUCCCCAAAGGCUGUGAGAUUGCUCGGAGCGUGUGGCUUUCUUGCUGUAGCUCAUCAUUUUAAAGCUCUGGUUUCCUGAGGCGCAUGUGGAACAGCGAUAACCAAACAAACUUCCCAGAAAAAAAUGCUUUUUAAAAAUGAACCUGUUCAGGUUUUCCACCCAUAACAGGACUAAAGAGGAGGGUAUGUCUAGGGGGAGUUAUUGGCCUUCAGCUUUUUUAAAACAGCGAAGUUAACCUUUGCAAAUUUGGUACUGAACCUGCUGCAAAGUUUCUGUUCUCCUAAUGCUGGUAGGAGGCCCUAGGAGAGUUAUGGACCAGGUGGCCCAAAUGUCACCCAACCAAAGUCUACAUGGACAACUUGUCAAGAAGCUGAGGGGUGUCCAGAAUGGGUGUAGAACAGGUAGCUGAUUGCAGCUGUCCUCUUUUAUACAUGGGGUGUGGCAGCAGCAACUCACAGCAUGUAACACGGUCUUGAUCUGAGUGACCUGUCUGUGUGGGUCAAGCUGGAACAUUGUGUCAUCUCUAUGGGCUGCCCCUUUCCAGUACAGAUGAGAGAAAUCAUGGUGCAUAGCAUAACUGGCUGCAUUUAGCCCAUCUUUGGCCACUCUGUUAUUAACCAGUUCCGUGUUAUAACAGCCUGUUGAGUUAAUAGGCCAGUUUGAAACACGGUGUUCUGGUUCUAUAUGGUUUCAGCUGUCGGGAAAAUUAUCCACAUAAUGAGCUUGGAUUUGCCAAAAGGCCUGAAGAACGAGAACAAAUGCUGUUAUCUUAGCUGGCUUUCCAAACACGCACAGAAACCAGAAAACUCAGAGUGCAGCUGAUGCCCUUGUCGACUCAAAAGCAUCAUCCUUGGGGGCUGAUCCUGACCGGUGCUGGGCACCUAUAAUUCCCAUUUCCUUGGGACUUGUGGGUUUUCUUCUUCUUCGCCUGCUGUUUAAAUCCAUGUUAGAUCCUGUGUAUGCACUGUGCCUGGGAGCGAAGCUUUUGCAGUUUCUAAGGUAACAGUAAUAGUAUUAGUUUAGUGUUGUAUGACACAUGGGCUCCAGGAGUACAAGAGGUUUGAAAGCCUCCAGCAGAUCCCAGCCCCACAUAUCUUCUCCCAUAUAGCUGGUUUCACUUAACAUAUCAGGUACUUGUUCUCCAGGUGCCCUGUGCUUCUCUUGCCUCUUACCUGGUCUUGUAUGAACCUCAAGAUCCUCCAGUCACUCCCAGCUCCACCACAGCUAAUUCGGUGCUUCUGUCUGAGGAAGUCAGGAGAGCUUUGGGCCACAGGACUCCCUCAGCAAUGGGAUUCCUUUAGCCAGCCCACCUCCUCACUUUUAUCCUUCUUCCUCAUUACAGUUAUGUCUCUGGCAGGAAGAUCAAACUUCCUUGAAGUGUUGGUUGCUGGGUUCUGCCACUCUCUAAUGCGAACUGACCUGCUGAUCUUGCCAUGACUAAUGCCCUGUUUACUAUAGAGCAGUAGAAACCUCUUUCCCCGCUCUCUUUCAAAGCCAUGAUUAGCUCUUCAGGCCCAAGUUGGUUUUCUCCGUAUGAUGUCUCUUUAUAGCUCUGACCUCUUUUCUCAGGUAUCGCAUGGGCUGGGGAUCUGUUUCUCAAGGAGCCAUCCUAUGGUUUCUUAGGGUGUGAAUUAGCUCUUCUGGGAUUUUACAGUGUAAAUGGUGACUAUCAGAUUUUUACUUUGGAUAUUUAUAUGAUUUGUUUCUCUUUUUAUAUUUCUAAGCACAAGACACCUUUUUUUUAAUUGUCAGAAGCGCUGCCUUUUUGACAUGACAUAGCUUCUGCACAGGGGACAGAGCAAGCCAUGCUUUCUAAAAGAGCUGAUCCAGGGCACAUCCCUGAGCUCUGUAGGGUUUCCACUGUUUCCUCCCCCCACCCCCAAUACUGCAAAAAUACCAAAGCAUCUUUCAGCACUUUUGAAAUGAAUUUCUCUGAUCAGGACAAUAGUGGGAUGCACAAAUCCAGUUCGAUUUCCCUGCAUUCAUCGUGCAUUAGGAGUGUCCAUCAGUAAGUCUAUGCCGUAUCUUAAAGCUAGAGGUCUUAGUGCCAAAACAAGUGGAAGCCACUCAUUUUUGCCUGUUGAUGCUGCAUUGUUUGUGACGUGUGUCACUAGUUUGUAAUGCUGGGAAAAUCCAGACUCCGGAUAUCAGAUUGACCUCACUUGGAGUAACCCAGUCACUGCUCUGAUGCUUGAUAAGUCAGACAGGAAUAAUGUGCAUUAGCCUCUCUCAGUGCUUCCUCUGUAGUAUAUUGCUUGGUUGAUGUUUUCUGUACUGUUUAAACCUCGGUAUAUUCUACAGAUUUGUUUCUGUUCUUUGUUUCAUGCAUAAGUCUCUUUUUAGUGGUUUCUGUAACUUUGCCUUAAACUGAUUUGGGGAGGAGACUACAUGGUCUGAUUUUUUUCCAGGCAAUGCAAUUAAUUAUACCCGUUCAAUUUGAAUGUCUUCUAAUAGA